GUUAGCCCAAGCUCAUUUUGACCUAAUUUUACCAAAAAAAAAAACAAGAGACCAAUUUAUUGACCCAAAGUCCCAAACACCCAAUGGGCCACCUCUUGAACAUAAAUCUCCCAAAAUCACAAAAAACCUCAAACUUAACUAGUUAACUAACCCGAUUUCAGAAAUUAACAGCUCAUCACUUUAAUUUCAACUUCACUAUGCAAUUCGAUGCAGAUUCUUCUGCAUCAUCAACAACUGCAACCAACAUUCAAUCUCCACCCCCAAUUCAAUGGCCGCAAGACGGAACCCUAACCCUAGAAUGGGUCCUUAAUCUAAUGUCCUCUUUCGAUUGGUCUUCGCGUAAUCUCUCUCCUACUGAUCUUCCCUCCAUUCUUCCGGUCCCUGAUUUCGAUAAAUUAAUCCUUUGUGGCUCGAAGAUUCUUCACAAAGAGCCCAAUUGUGUGAGAAUUGACGAUAUUUCUUCCGAUUCUAGGGUUGUUGUUGUUGGGGAUGUUCAUGGGCAAUUGCAUGAUGUAAUUUUUUUGCUGAAUGAUGCUGGGUUACCUUCUGAUAAUCGGAUUUUUGUUUUUAAUGGCGAUUAUGUUGAUCGAGGUGCUUGGGGGUUUGAAACGUUUGUGUUGCUUUUGGCUUGGAAGAUUUAUUUGCCCAAUCGAGUAUAUCUUCUCCGUGGAAAUCAUGAGUCCAAAUAUUGCACCGGUGUUUAUGGUUUUGAAAAAGAAGUUAUGACCAAGUAUGGCAGUCAAGGGAAGCAUGUCUACCGCAAGUGUUUAGGUUGCUUUGAAGGACUUCCUUUGACAACUGUUAUAGCUGGUCAAGUUUAUACUGCUCAUGGAGGAAUUUUCAGGAGUGUAACUGCUCCUCCGUCCAAAAGAAAACAAGGCAAGAAAAGAAACCGAAAGAUUAGUAUCAAUUCUGAGGAAAACUCUGAUGACAAGUUGUCACUUGGCUCCUUUGAGGAAUUGUCUAAAGCUCGAAGAAUAGUUCUGGACCCUCCUUGGGAAGGUCCAAAUCUGAUACCCGGAGAUGUAUUGUGGUCUGAUCCUUCACCGAAACCUGGCCUUUCACCAAAUACGCAGAGAGGCAUUGGACUUUUAUGGGGUCCUGAUUGCACUGACAAUUUUUUGAAAAAGUUCAAUCUGAAGUUGAUUAUUAGAUCACAUGAAGGCCCGGAUGCAAGGGAAAAACGGCCAGAUCUUGCAGGAAUGGAUCAAGGCUACACAAUUGAUCAUGAUGUGGAGUCUGGAAAGGUUAUCACUCUGUUCAGUGCUCCAGACUACCCACAGUUCCAGGCAACAAAAGAGAGAUAUAGAAAUAGAGGAGCAUAUAUUAUGCUGGAGCCUCCUAAUUUUGAUACUCCGAUAUUCCACAGCUUUGAAGCUGUCUUGCCUAGACCAAAGGCUAAUCCUUAUUAUGACUUUGAGGAAGUGUUGGAUUCUGACGAAGAACUGGACUUAGCAUCUAUGGUGUCAUCCGCAUGAAGGAAUGCUUCCCCUUAAGAGCAUCACAUCUUUGGUAUGUAGAUUAAUUUACCUCUAUUUUUUGCAUUUUUUGUUGUAUAUAAGCAGCUGCAGUACAGCUGAUGUGCCCCAUUAAUCUAUUUGUAUCACUAGCCAAUAGGAAACCUUGGAGGAGUAUAUAAUUAUCGCUCACAUUUUGAAGUUUUUGACACUGAAGGUGUAUCACUAUAAUCUUUCUCUGUUUUCCGAUGCUUCAUUCUGUUAUA